AGGGCCAAAUUAUAUAAUAUCCGGAUGCCAGGGUCAAAGCUAGACAAGGUAAAAGCUAUAUUGUCCGAGAGGGCAACUCCAAAGGUUGAUUCACCGAGUCCUGUUCGGUCGGACGAUGUCCAACUUGUUUAUUUGAACGAGUUAGAAAAAGACAUUGAAAAUACAGAAACAUUCUCCAAACAGGCAGAUAAGGCUAUAAAAACAUUGAAAGAAGGACUAGAGGCACAAUUAGAUUCAGGGGAGAGUGAAUUAGAAAGGAAGAUGAGGAUCCUCGCUUUACACGAUACUUACUCGAAGAUUUCAUACAUUCCAAGUAAAAAUGAUGUAAUUGGAAUAUCAACAGCCUCAAAAGAAGUGAAUGAACUUAUAGGCAAACAAGCUAAGAUAUCAUCAAACUUACAAGAAGAAGGGACUGAGCUAGAUGACCAGGCUGAAAAUUUGAAGACAUUGAUAAAUGAUUAUAAUGAAAUGCUAGUUAAUUUAGAGAAAAGAAUACAAAAAAAUCCAUCCAAAUUAGAAGGGCUUUCGUUGAAAGAGAAUAAGAUCCAAGAAUCAGAAAUAUCGCUUAAAAAUCAGUUAAAUCAAACAAAGGAUAAGCUUUCAGAGGCGUCUAGAGUCGAAAAACAUCUUCAAUCACACUUGAAUAAAAUAGUUGCAAAAUUCUUAUCAUUUCAGCAUUGGUCUAAUGAAGAUUUUGCAGACGAAGAAGCUUUUAAAAGAAAUAUUCGACUGUUUGCGGAUGUGGUCAAUAAGUUGGUUGAAAACCUAUUGAAGACCAUAGAGUAUGAAGAUGAUUCAGUAUGGUUAGAGAUUCAACCAUCUGCAUCAGAUGAAAGCUUGAUAAAUAUUUUACUUCGGAAUGGGAUUCUUGUUAGUCGACAAGAUUCAAGUAGUGAAUCAUACUAUUUGAAACUACGAAAAUACGGAAUCGAAUUUUAA